UGGAGAUUGGCGUUCUAUACAUUGAGCGCAGACGAUCCUUGGCGAAAAUCGAUAUAAAUUAAAUAGGGGACACCUUUAUUCACAACAAAAGGAGACUUUGUUCAUUUGUAUAUUUUAACCAGGUAUUAAGAAGUAUGAGUGCAUCAAUGGAUUUAAACGACAAGAACACCGCAACAUCAGCUUUUCUUUCCGAAAAAGAGAAAGCGCUUGAUGUUGCCUCGUCCAAUGACACCAGCAGUUGUUCUGAUUCCAUGGAGACUGGGGAUGAGACAUCCCGUGGGAACUGGUCUGGACGAUUGGAUUUCUUCCUGUCCUGUGUUGGAUAUGCUGUUGGCCUGGGAAAUAUAUGGAGGUUUCCGUAUCUGUGCUACAAAAGUGGUGGAGGUGCUUUCAUGAUACCCUAUGUAAUAUUCCUGAUCCUGUGUGGAAUUCCUAUGGUCUUCUUAGAAGUCUCAUUUGGCCAGUUCGCUAGUCUAAGUCCAGUGACAAUAUGGAGGAUCUGCCCAUUGUUUAAAGGUGUAGGCUAUGGGAUGGUGAUUGUAUCUGGUAUUGUCUGUGUAUACUACAACAUCAUCAUUACCUGGACCCUAUAUUACCUGUACCACUCGCUCCGUUUGGUCCUGCCCUGGAGUUUAUGCAAUAACUGGUGGAAUACAGAACAUUGUUAUCUACGAACGAAUACCAACAACACCAUCUCUGAUGACAGACUUCUCAAUGGUUCAUCGAUGUAUAACUUCACUAUGGCAACAGAACUUCUCAACGGUUCAUCAACUUACAACCUAACUAAUGUCGAAGAAUCUUUAUCAACAGCUCCCGCAGGAAACAUGUCCAAUGUAUUGAAAAAAACUGCAAGUGAAGAAUUUUGGCAGCGUGGAGUUCUACAGCUGUCUCCCGGUAUAGAGGAUAUGGGAGAUCUCCGAUGGGAUCUCCUCAUCUGUCUCUUUAUUGCCUGGGUUGUCGUCUUCCUUUGCUUAUGUAAAGGCAUCAAGACAUCUGGAAAAGUUGUAUAUGUGACGGCCACUUUCCCGUAUCUUGUGUUGCUGAUUCUACUCAUACGAGGAGUGACAUUGCCAGGAGCAGGCGCUGGAAUUGCAUUUUACCUGGUACCAGACUGGAACAAGCUAACCACAUUUCAGGUUUGGGGAGACGCAGCUGUCCAGAUAUUUUACUCCGUGGGUAUGGCAUGGGGAGGUCUCAUCACCAUGGCGAGUUACAACAAGUUCCACAACAACGUGUACAGAGAUGCCAUGGUUGUACCCCUGAUCAACUGUGGUACAAGUGUAUUUGCUGGUCUCGUUAUUUUCUCGGUGUUGGGAUUCAUGGCGCACGAAACUGGAGUGGACAUCAAAAAUGUUGUUACUCAAGGACCGGGACUUGCAUUUGUAGCCUAUCCAGAGGCGAUAGCCAAGUUACCGAUAUCUCCGCUGUGGUCUGUCCUGUUCUUCUUGAUGUUGUUCAGCGUGGGAUUAGACACCCAGUUUGGAAUGUUUGAAACCAUGAGCAGUGCUUUCAUAGACGAGUUUCCAGAUCUGUUGAAAAAUAAGAAGGCGCUCUUCACUGCAUUCAUGUGUUUUGUGGAGUUCUUGCUUGGGAUCCCCUGUGUCAUGCAGGGAGGUGUGUAUGUACUACAGAUCAUGGAUUGGUAUUGCUCCACAUUUUCCCUGAUGAUCCUCUCCCUCACAGAGUGUAUAGUCAUUGGCUGGAUUUAUGGUGUUGAUCGUUUCUACAAAGACUUGGAAAUGAUGAUUGGUUAUCAGCCGUGCGUCUGGUGGAAGAUCUGCUGGUGUUUUAUCACCCCAACACUGAUUCUGUUUAUAUGGCUGUUCAGCGUGACCCAGCUGAGCCCCGUGACGUACGGAGACUACCACUACCCCCAGUGGGCUAUCAUUCUUGGCUGGUUCCUUGGAAUGAUGUCCCUUGUUCCUAUCCCGGUGUGUGCGAUCAUAGCAAUUCUACAGGAGAAGGGACCGUUAAUAUUGAGACUGAAGAAGCUAAUUAAACCUGCUGAUAACUUUGGCCCUGCAAUGCUGAAAUACCAAGAAAAAUAUCUGGAAUCACUGGAGAAGAGGGAGUCCAUAUUACCUACCCUUGAUGUUAGGUGCAGGCUGAAGAAAAAAUCAAAAGGAAUUGAAGCCUCUUCAGAACCUUUAAAUUAUAUCAGUUGAUCAAAGAUAUUAGCAAACUGGAACAUAAGAUUUAUAGCUUAUAUUCUGUUACAGAAAGUUUCAUGUAAAGUAUAAUGGUUCUAGUAUCA